AGCGGACAGCCAUGAAGACAUGUGCAAUGGAGGAGGAGGAGUCCAGGAGUUGCAAUGCUCACACCGCUUCCACAAAGAGGUGGCCAGCAGACUGGAUGCGGGGCGUCCCCGGAGCGGGAGCACAGCCGGAGUGUGUGAUAGGAGGAAGUCUGUGACUGGAGGAGAGGAGAGGCGGAGCUCAGGCGAGGAGCCGUUCAGCAAGGUGCAGGAGGACUACUGUAUCCCCCGACGCCAGCUCUCCCUCAGGAGACAACGCUGAGAAGGGACAAAAAAAGUUCCCAAAAUUCCCAGGUUUCCCAGAAAUCGUGGUUGGAGGUUUACGGAUUUCCUUCUGUUGUUCUCCGAAUUCCGGGGAUCCUCUAACCAGGAUUUCUGGAAAACCUGGGAAUUUUGAUAAAGUUACCUUCAUUUUGGAAACACUAAUGCUGAGACAACGCUGAAAUAACUAACACAGCAACGUCUAACAUGCUGAUCACACUGCUCGCGCAUGUGCGUCCGCGUGCGUCAUCGCGGGCAUGUUGAUUUUGUCCACCCACACCAGACGUGAUCAGGACACACAGGUUGAAA